CGGAUAUCGCGCAUGCACUCAGUAGACGAGAAGCUCACAAGGAUCGGCCGCAGAUUUAAAAUGCCAGAACACUUGUGCAGGGAAACCUCAAACACAGCAGCACAUCAGUUUUGCUGUUACUGAAUGGAUAUUUAAGGAGUGACCAAGUAUUUUCUUUGCAACAACAACACAUCUGUUGUCAAUCCUUGGAGAUGAAGAGGUAUCUCAUUGUGGUGAACUACAUAUACCUGUCGGGACACGCCCCCUGCUGACUGCUCCUGUGGCUCCUCCCACAGACCCCUGUAUAAAGGCGAUCAAGGCCUGAGCCCGGCCUCUCAGUCUCCAGGAUGUAGUAUGGUGGUCACUCACUGUUUGUUCCUUCUUCCAGCCUUACGUCACAGAGUGAGUUAUUGAUGGUGCAUCACUCAUGCAAUCUGGAAAUGUGUUUUGCGUCCGAAAUGAAGUUUUCUGUUGUAACUCAGUGUUAUUCACUGGAACCAGGGUGCUGAGAACACAUCAUCAUUUGUUCACUGGAGAUCAGUUCUUCAACUGCAUUGAUUCUAUGAGUGAUUCAAAUUUAUGACUUUCACCUGCUCUGUGUGUGGGAGGGGAACUACUCAGUCAUCCAGCCUGAAGAUACAUCAGCAAGUUCACACCAUAGUGAGAUGCUCCACCUGUUCUGACUGUGGGAAGCAAUUCAUUCUGUCAUUGAUGCUAAAGAUAUAUCUGAAAAUUCACCAGUGAGAAGACAUUGACCAGCUGUGAGUGUGGGAAGGCAUUUACACACUCAAACACACCACAGUGACACCAGCAAGAUUACACCGGGCAAACGUCAUUCACCAGCUCUGAAUGUGGGAAAGGGUUCAGUCAGUCAUCUCAACUGAAUGAACAUUAGCGAGUUCACACUGAGAAGAUGCCAUUCACCUGCAGUGACUGUGGGAAGGGGUUCACUCACUUGUCCACAUUACAGAGGCACCAGCAAGUUCACACUGGGGAGAGGCCAUUUUCCUGCUCAGACUGGGAAGGGAUUCACUCAGUCAUCUCACCUACUGAUACACCAGUUAGUUCACACCUGGGACAGGCCAUUCACAUGUUCUGAAUGUGGAAAGGGAUUCACUCAUUCAAAUCACCUACUGACUCACCUGUUAGUUCACACUGGACAGAGGCCUUUCACAUGCUCUGAAUGUGGGAAGAGAUUCACUCGGUCAUCUCAACUGACGGAACAUCAGCGACUUCACAGUGGGGAGAGACCAUUCAUCUGCUCUGAAUGUGGGAAGGGAUUUGCUCGGUUGUUUCAACUGAAGGUACAUCAGCGAGUUCACACUGGGGAGAAACCAUUCAGCUGCUCUGAAUGUGGGAAGGGAUUCACUCAGUCAUCCACACUUGUAAAGCACUGCCGAAUUCACACUGGGGAGAAGCCGUUCACCUGCUCAGUUUGUGGGAAGGGAUUUACACAGUCAUCUGACUUGAAAGUUAUCAGCGAAUCCACACUGGGAAGAAGCCGUACACCUGCUCAGACUGUGGGAAGGAAUUCACAUGGUCAUCUGACUUAAAAGUCCAUCAAUGAGUUCAUACUGGGGAGAAACCAUUCACCUGCUCAGACUGUGGGAAACAAUUUACACGGUCAUCGGACUUGAGAGUGCAUCAGCGACUGCAUACUGGGGAGAGGCUCUUCAACUGCUCCAAAUGUGGGAAAAGAUUCACUCGAUCUUCUCACCUACUGACACACCAGUUAGUUCUGUUAUGUUCCCAGCCCCCUACUUUGUGAGAAUCGCAAGAGCACCCAUUGGGGGGGGGGGGUCAGUAGACCCAGGAAGUGAGAGAGAGAAACAUGCAAAAUUGCAUGUCCCACCCAGGAUGCAGAAUAAGACGACAGCGACUAUUGUCUCAUGGAGACCACGUGAAAAGCCCUCGGGCAAGGUGGGCUGGUUGAGAGAGAGAUUGCAUCAUCCCAACCUGAUUGACACCUGCGACCCCGUAAGGAAGUAUAAAGGAGAUUCUCAGGGGGACAGCCCCCUCAGACGCACCAAGAAGACACGAGAGAGUGUUCCCGCAGCAGCGGGAAGCCAUUCUGAAGGAAGCCACGUGCGUUAGAUUCCGGGAUUGGAAUUUGUGGCUGGAAUCACAGAAAACCGCUUUUAACUAACAUCGGGGAGAGGAAACCAACGCUCCCCCGAUUUCACGGAAGCUUCAUCAAGACUCGGCAAGUUCUUUCUCUUCUCCCUCAAUCUCUCUCUCUCUCGGUCGCCCCACGUGAAACCCGGCGAUUUUCAAAGGGCUGAGGCCUGCAGCCUUCUGAGUGACUUUUAUAUUUCCAACGGACAAUCUAUUAACCCCUAGACAACCGUAGAGCUCGCUUCUUAAUGAUGAUUAUUACUAUACCCGCGCGUUAGAUUGAGUGUUGACAAUGUGCACUAUCUGAAUGUAUGUACUAACCUUACUUUUG